AUGUGCGCGCAUGUUGGCAUUCUGUUGGAGAGGUUUUGCGAAACUUUAAGGAUGAUAUACCUUGGAUGUUUCCUGUUGCUCUGUGGGCUUACGCAUGUCAUGGCAAGCUAUCCCAUCUGGUGGUCUCUAGCAGUGGGUCACCAGUACUCAUCAAUGGGUACUCAGCCUAUCCUUUGUGGCAGCAUACCAGGUCUGGUGCCCAAGCAGCUGCGUUUCUGCCGGAACUACGUGGAGAUCAUGCCCAGCGUGGCCGAAGGGGUGAAGAUUGGUAUACAGGAGUGUCAGCACCAGUUCAGAGGCCGACGCUGGAACUGCACGACGGUCAACGACAAUCUAGCCAUCUUUGGGCCGGUGUUAGACAAAGCCACUCGAGAGUCAGCUUUUGUCCAUGCUAUUGCAUCGGCGGGAGUGGCCUUUGCAGUGACCCGUGCCUGCGCUGACGGUUCGGCCACCAUCUGUGGAUGUGACACACGUCACAAGGGCCCCCCUGGUGAAGGCUGGAAGUGGGGUGGCUGCAGUGAGGAUGUGGAAUUUGGGAGCAUGGUAUCCCGUGAGUUUGCAGAUGCAAGGGAGAAUCGCCCCGAUGCACGCUCUGCAAUGAAUCGCCAUAAUAAUGAGGCAGGAAGAAUGUCCCUCAACGACAACAUGUUUCUGAAGUGUAAGUGCCAUGGGCUCUCAGGCAGCUGUGAAGUCAAGACCUGCUGGUGGUCUCAGCCAGACUUCCGAGUUAUUGGUGACUACAUGAAGGACAAGUAUGACAGCGCGUCUGAGAUGGUGGUGGAGAAACACAAGGAGUCCCGAGGAUGGGUGGAGACGCUGAGACCCAAGUACAACUACUUCAAACCUCCUACAGAGCGUGACCUGGUUUACUAUGAAAGUUCACCCAAUUUCUGUGACCCCAAUCCUGAGACCGGUUCCUUUGGCACCCGGGAUCGCAUCUGCAACCUGACAUCUCAUGGCAUAGACGGAUGUGACCUGUUGUGCUGUGGCAGGGGCCACAACACCAGAACUGAGAAAAGAAAGGAGAAGUGUCACUGUAUUUUCCACUGGUGCUGCUACGUCAGCUGUCAAGAGUGCGUAAGAAUCUACGAUGUGCACACCUGCAAAUAGAGAUGCACAGGUUCUUCUCUUUUUUCACCAAAAAACUUAAGUAAGCAGACAAACAAAUGCAGGUUUUUAUCUAUAAAACCUGAAUAAAGCUGUCUGACCUGUCCAUGGAGAUGAAUACAGAACUGUGUUGCGUUUAGUGCUGUGAUGCUGCAAAAAACAUCUGCCCAAAUCAGCUGGAACAGAUAUCUGAAAACAUCAUUAACUGUGAUGGUGGCGAUGAUGGCAAUAAUAAUAAUAAUAAUAAAAACAAAAAGAAAAAUUGGAAAAAAAUUCACGUGCUUAUGUAGGGAAGGAAAAUUGUUGGCUGAUUGAAAAACACCAUAUUGGUGAUUUUUUUUUUUUUUUUUUCCUGUGUUUAAAGUAAUUAUUUUGUUGAGAAUAUUGCAGCACUGCUGAUGCUUUCAAGUCUGUGGAGCAAAAACAACAUUUUGAUAUUUAACCAUUACAUGAUCAGACACUCGACAGCAUAUAUUCACUUUCUCAAUAUUAUUAACUUGUUUCUGCAUAUCUGAGAACUAACAUGAUCAAUGUGUGAGUGAGUUUCAUAGUAUUACUUAAGUUUGGGUAAGAAUGCACUUGCACCUGAGUGAAUGUAGUUUUUAUGUUGUUAUGUGUUUACAUAUUCUCACA